AUGGCACCCACCCACAAACCCCUCGAGUUCGACGAUGGUCCUAUCGUUUGGGUCGACCUUGAGAUGACGGGGCUCAACCCUCAGAAGGAUAAGAUCAUUGAGAUAGCAGUCUUGAUCACCAAUGGGAACUUGGAACUCGUGGACGAUGGCAUCCAGUAUAUCAUUCGGGCUGAAAAGAGCCUUUUGGACGGAAUGGACGAGUGGUGCACGAAACAACACGGUCAGUCUGGCUUGACCCAAGCCUGCUUGAGGUCGCCAUACACGACCGAAUAUGUGAAGAAGGAGGUUCUUGCCUAUAUCAAAAAGUGGAUUCCACGUCAGAGAGUCGGCGUACUUGCGGGCAACUCAGUUCACGUCGACCGGACUUUCCUGGCUGCAGAAAUGCCCGAGAUUGUCGACUGGCUUCACUACAGGAUCAUCGAUGUAUCAUCCGUCAAGGUAGCUCGCCUUUCGGUCUCUCCUUUUGAUGUCAGCUCAUAUGAACUCCAGGAACUGUCUCGUCGAUGGUUCCCCAAUAAGGUCCCGCCAAAGAACCCCGAAAGCUCACAUCGAGCUCUCGACGAUAUCCAGGGAUCUAUACAAGAAUUGAAGUGGUACCGCGAGAACAUCUUCAUCCCUCCCGAUGAGUCUACGGCCACCGCGAAUCACUAA